GCCGGCGGCGGCUGCUCUCCCUGCGUCCGCUCCCGCACGCCGCGCUCCCGCCGCGGGUGGGCUCCGCAGCGCCAGGCCGCUCGCGGUCCCUCCCCGGCGGCGGCCCCCACCCUCCACUUCUCUCGGCUGGGGCGGCCCGGCCCUUGUGGCGCAUCCGAGGGGCUCCCCUCUCCCACUCGGGCUCCUCUGCGGAGCUGGCUGGAGCACCCAAAUUUGCCUCCUCGUCCGACGACCCCGUUGGGCGCGAACCUGCUCAACCGCGGUCCGGCCGUGCGCCCGGGGACUGUGCGCCUGGCGCUCGAGUCGGCGCCCCAGCCCGGAGCGCAGCGAGUUGGGGGUGGCUCUGGGGAAGUGGCGGGGGCGGCGGCUGCUGCCUCGACUUCCCUCGCCGGGCGCUGAAGAAGACCCUCAGAGCCGCUCCGGGUCCCCGGCGCUGGAUGACUGGCACGAGGAGCGCGCCUCCCACCUGCACUGGUGUGUGAGAGUUGGGUUGCACUGCCCGAGUGACUGUGGAUCCUUUGUGUGAUACAUGAUCAAGGAAACGCUCUAUCCCUUCCCUCCUUGGCACUUUCCCCACAUGACGGGACGACGAGCUUCUGGUUAAAGACAAGUGUCCAGAGCCUAAGGUCUCCUGCCCACCAUGAAGGGACCCUGCGUCAUUGCGUGGCUCUUCUCAAGCCUGGGAUGGUGGAGACUCGCCCAGCCGGAGACAGACGCAUCUCAGUGCCAGAGAGCAGAGCACCCGGUCAUUUCCUAUAAAGAAAUUGGCCCCUGGUUGCAGGAGUUCAGAGCGAAGAAUGCUGUGGAUUUCUCGCAGUUAACAUUUGACCCGGGACAGAAAGAACUUCUUGUAGGAGCAAGAAACUACCUCUUCAGGUUACAGCUUGAGGAUUUGUCUCUGAUCCAGGCUGUUGAGUGGGAGUGUGAUGAAGCAACCAAGAAGGCCUGUUACAGCAAAGGCAAGUCCCAGGAGGAAUGUCAGAACUACAUCCGGGUACUGUUGGUGGGUGGCGACCGGUUAUUUACCUGUGGAACCAACGCUUUCACGCCGGUCUGCACCAACCGCACGCUGAGUAACCUGACGGAGAUCCAUGAUCAGAUCAGCGGCAUGGCGCGCUGUCCUUACAGCCCUCGGCACAAUUCCACGGCUCUCCUCACGGCGGGCGGGGAGGUCUAUGCAGCCACGGCCAUGGAUUUCCCCGGACGCGAUCCCGCUAUUUACCGAAGUCUGGGCGUCUUGCCCCCUCUCCGCACCGCGCAGUACAACUCCAAAUGGCUCAACGAACCAAACUUCGUGUCCUCUUAUGACAUCGGGAAUUUCACCUACUUCUUUUUCCGCGAAAAUGCCGCGGAGCAUGACUGUGGGAAGACCGUGUUCUCCCGAGCUGCCCGGCUCUGCAAGAACGACAUCGGGGGCCGGUUCCUGCUGGAGGACACCUGGACCACGUUCAUGAAGGCCCGUCUCAACUGCUCCCGCCCUGGCGAGCUCCCUUUCUACUACAAUGAGCUGCAGGGCACCUUCUUCCUGCCUGAGCUGGAUCUGAUCUACGGCAUCUUUACCACCAACGUGAACAGCAUCGCCGCCUCCGCCGUGUGCGUCUUCAACCUCAGCGCUAUCUCGCAGGCCUUUAACGGGCCCUUCAAGUACCAGGAGAGCUCUCGGUCUGCCUGGCUGCCGUAUCCCAACCCUAACCCCAACUUCCAGUGCGGCACCGUGGACCAGGGCCUGUAUGUGAACCUGACGGAAAGGAACCUGCAGGACGCUCAGAAGUUCAUCCUGAUGCAUGAGGUAGUGCAACCAGUGACUGCAGUGCCCUCCUUCAUGGAGGACAACAGCCGCUUUUCCCACGUGGCCGUCGACCUGGUGCAGGGCAGGGACGCGCUCAUCCACAUCAUUUAUUUGGCCACAGAUUACGGCACCAUUAAAAAAGUGCGGGCGCCCCUGACUCAGACCUCGGGCAGCUGUUUGCUGGAAGAGAUGGAGCUCUUCCCCGAGAGGCGGCCGGAGCCCAUCAGAAGCCUGCAGAUCCUCCACAGCCAGAGCGUCCUGUUCGUGGGUCUGCGGGAGCACGUGGCCAAGAUCCCACUGAAGAGGUGCCAGUUCCACCACACGCGCAGCGCCUGCAUUGGGGCCCAGGACCCUUACUGUGGCUGGGAUUCGGUGAUGAAGAAAUGCACGAGCCUGGAGGAGAGCCUGAGCAUGAUGCAGUGGGAGCAGAGCAUCUCCACCUGUCCUAUGAGGAAUCUCACCGUGGAUGGGCACUUCGGCGCGUGGUCUCCGUGGACGCCAUGCACGCACACCGACGGCAGCACCGUGGGAUCCUGCCUCUGCCGGACCCGCUCCUGCGACAGCCCGGCCCCCCAGUGCGGCGGCUGGCAGUGCGAGGGCCCCCGCAUGGAGAUCGCUAACUGUUCCAGGAGUGGAGGCUGGACCCCCUGGACCUUGUGGUCUCCCUGCAGCACCACCUGCGGCAUCGGCUUCCAGGUGCGCCAGAGGUCCUGCAGCAACCCUACUCCGCGGCACGGGGGCCGGGUGUGUGUGGGACAGAACCGCGAGGAAAGAUACUGCAAUGAGCAUCUGCUGUGCCCCCCCCACAUGUUCUGGACAGGCUGGGGUCCCUGGGAACGGUGCACAGCGCAGUGUGGAGGCGGCAUUCAGGCUCGCCGCAGAACCUGCGAGAAUGGUCCUGACUGUGCGGGCUGUAGUGUGGAGUACCAGCCUUGUAAUACCAACCCAUGCCCUGAGCUGAAGAAGACCACACCCUGGACACCCUGGACGCCUGUCAACAUCUCUGACAAUGGGGGCCACUACGAGCAGCGAUUUCGGUACACGUGCAAGGCCCGCCUGCCUGAUCCAAACUUGCUGGAAGUGGGAAGGCAGAGAAUUGAGAUGCGGUACUGUUCUAGUGAUGGAACCAGCAGCUGCUCCACCGACGGCCUUUCUGGUGAUUUCCUGCGUGCUGGGAGAUACUCUGCCCACACCGUCAACGGGGCCUGGUCAGCCUGGACCUCAUGGUCACAGUGCAGCCGAGACUGCAGCAGGGGCAUUCGCAACCGGAAGCGUGUUUGCAACAACCCAGAGCCCAAGUUUGGGGGCAUGCCUUGCCUGGGCCCCUCCCUGGAAUACCAGGAAUGCAACAUCUUGCCCUGCCCAGUGGAUGGCGUGUGGUCUUGCUGGUCCUCCUGGUCAAAGUGCUCAGCGACAUGUGGAGGUGGACAUUACAUGAGGACCCGCUCGUGCACAAACCCAGCCCCCGCCUAUGGAGGCGACAUCUGCCUGGGCCUGCACACGGAAGAGGCUCUCUGCAACACGCAGCCCUGCCCCGAGAGCUGGUCGGAGUGGUCAGACUGGUCCGAGUGUGAUGUGUCUGGAGUCCAGGUCCGCAUCCGCCAAUGCAUUCUUCUGUUCCCUGUGGGCAGCCAGUGUUCCGGAAACACCACGGAGAGCCGGCCCUGUGUUUUUGAUUCCAAUUUCCUCCCAGAAGUAUCUGUGGCAAGAUCCAGCAGUGUAGAAGAGAAAAGGUGUGGAGAGUUCAACUUGUUCCACAUGAUCGCCGUGGGGCUCAGCAGCUCCAUCCUGGGCUGCCUUCUUACGCUGCUUGUCUACACCUACUGCCAGCGGUACCAGCAGCAGUCCCACGAUGCCACCGUCAUCCACCCCGUUGCGCCCGCCCCUCUCAACACCAGCAUAACUAACCACAUCAACAAACUGGACAAGUAUGACUCGGUGGAGGCCAUCAAGGCAUUUAACAAAAACAACUUGAUCUUAGAGGAAAGAAACAAAUACUUCAACCCUCAUCUCACUGGGAAGACCUAUUCUAAUGCCUACUUUACAGAUCUCAAUAACUAUGAUGAGUACUAAGAGUUCUUCUAUUUUUGGCUUCCUGUAACUGCCCCAGUUCCUCAAGGCCUGUGCUCCCUGACUGCCCAUGUCUCCAAGACUUCAGAGAUGGAGUUUGGAUACAUCUCAAGUGCAUUUCAAGCCACGAGUGUCCCAUUGCUGCCAAAAAGACACGUUCUUAAAAGCAACAAAAAUCUAAUCGUGACAUUGUGAAAAUCUGGUCUACAAUUCUUGAUCAUUGUUUAAUGAGCCAUGGUGUGCAGGUUUCUUUUAUUGUGUUCAGUCCAUUUUUCUAACAAGUCAGUUGUUUUCUUGAGCUUUUUCAUAACUGUACCACCCACAAUGGAAGGGGUCUUUAGAAAUAUGAACAUCUUCUUGACCUUGAGCGUAAAUCUUCAUGAUGUUUUAAUUCAAGAAAAUAGGCACUUUAUAUGAGAGCCUCCCCACCUCCACACGGUUUAUAGUAUUGAUAAAAUGAAGAAUCUGAAUGUGGCCAUACAAUGACUCACCAUGGAUCUCCAUCUUCUCAAUCUGGAUGAUACCGUGUGUGUUUGGACUUGGAAUGCUUCUUGCCUGAGGACUCCCAGGGAUUCAACCUGGCUUAUAUCUUCAAAGGUGAUGGUAUGAGGUGUGAGAUGCUCUACCCUUGGUCUUGCUGCCGUUACUGUAUUGUCCCUGGGGGAGGUGAGUGUAAAGAACAGAGGUACAGACACGAUGAAGGGGGAACGUGUUCUACAUGCUGUUGUGAAGCUCGCCUUCUUCUGACUUGUGGAUUUCAUGGCAUUUCAGGGAGCUCCUUGUCGUGCAUCGGCCUGGUAGCCCACCUGUCUGGUCCACAGUAACAUCCUAAAGAACCACUCUGUAAAAUAACCACUUGUUUAGCAUUUGGAUAACAGACUCUACACCUCCCCUCUCUCUGCAAAGAAAAAUCUUGAACAUUCAUGAUACUAAUGAAGAAAGUAUUGAAAGGACUGAAAUAUAAUUGAAAACAACUUUUUUUAUUUUCCAUGUUACGGAAAGUAUUGAAAAACCUGACAUUUAAUGAAAAGCAACUUUUUUAUUUUCCAUCUCCCUGAUAGAACUAAUGUAUGGCCAUCAGCCCCUACCAAGAGCAUUAAUGAUGUGUAAAGCUGGCUUUCUGCAGCUUGUUGCUGUACAUAUUGAAGUGCUCCCCAAGUACCAAGCUGUCAUUUGCUGCCUCUAGUUCAGGUGAGGAGGAGAUGUUUAGCUGCGGUGCCUCUUGUUUUUUAUCUCAGUGCUGCUUUGCCAUCCAUCCACUCCCACUUCUCCUUGCAUGGGGGCAAGAGCAUUUCAAGAAGUACCUUGAGAAGUCAGGGUGUUUGCAAGUAAGGUUUUUAAUGAUCCCAUGGUUCUGAGCUUCGAUCAUUCAUAAGCAUUUCAGGGUGUUAUGAUACUAUUCAGAGGGGUCCCCAGGAGAAAAAAAAAACAGGAUAAAUUACUCGCAAAAAACUGAUGCAUAACAUAUGGCAGUUAGUUGAAUAAUUAUUGAAAGUAAGAACAAGAUUGAAAUUAUUCAUUUUAUGCCUCUGGGUGUCGUGAUAAAGGCCUGGGUGGACAUAAAAACAUGUUCUUAUUGAUAAAUGAACCUUCAGAUCUGGGAAAACUUACAGUGUGGGCAUUGAGGGACACAGACUCUUAGCCUACAUAGGUUGGUUAGCUUUUCACCCUAUCCAAUUUAAAGAUUUGAAAAAUCCUAUGUUUAGUAAUGAAUGUUGGUGAGUUCAAAAUAUUCUUAUAUGCCCAAAUUUUCAGAAACGGAUCUACUAAAAUUAAAGUCUAAAUUGUAGUUGGGCUCUGGGAGGUCUGAUAGAUUUCAAAUGAAUGAUUUUCCGGGUCUUUCCAGUGAGAAGUUCAUGCUACAUCUCCCGUAUUCCUUGUAUGCUGUAUGAGAUUGCUCUGUUUCUACGCAAAGUCCACACUUAGGAAGUGAAAUUUAGCCAGGUAGUUUUCUAAUUGUCCUUGGGUUGGAUUUUCAUUGGAUGCUUCAACCUGUCUCAUCACUUUCCUAUAAGAAAAAUGUCCUCAUUUGUGUAGCGCAUUUUAGCCGGUUUUUUAAUUCCUCCCCCGCAAUAUUUUCAAAGCUUAAAAGUUCAUUCUCUUUCCCCUAGGAAAGAGGAUAUUGAUAUUUUAAAAAAGCAUCACUGGUCUUGAUGGGAAAUGCUUCCCAAAUGACAUCAAAGUUGGUCUUUAAUCAAUCUUGUGCAAUGACUAGGGAAACCACCCUUCCCUACAACAGAAUUUUCGUGUUGUUGAUUACAUAAAUCUUUACAAUUAUCACUGCAAAGAAAUUCACUCAUUUUUGUUCCCUGACACUCUAUUCAAAAGAAAAUUGUUCUCCUCUCUCUCUCGUCCUCCUUCCCUCCCUCCAUCCCUCCUUCUUACUUAACAGGAUAUCAAUUUGUUUAGUUUUAGCUAUAAUCCAAGUAUUUUAAGCAUCUAUGGAAUAACUUUUGUUUUCCCAUCAGUGUAGAGCUGUUGCUUAUGUGUCUAUGCUUCCCCUCCGUACCCCUCAUCAAGCCCCCAUGUGAUGGGCUUUCACAUUGGUACCUACCACUUCUGCUGGAACCUUCAUAAAGCACCUCUUCCUUAGGCUGGGAUGGUUGGGAUUCCUGGCAACACUUGUCACAUUUUAAAUUACUGUGUGACUUCUUCAUUCUCUUUAUCUUUUCCCUCCCUCCCUUCCUUCCUUCCUUCCUUCCAUCCUUCCUUUCUUUCUGGUACAAGCGGUGCAGAUAGAGACUAAUAUUUUUAAAUUGCAUCUCUCUGAGCCUAACAUCAAAUGACAUUAAUCACAGUUUAAUUUCUAGGGUUAUUUCUGGAUACAAUUGAAGUUUGGCUGGUUUUCAUUAGGAAACUGGCUUUAAUCUCACAUUUAAAUUCUUUGGAAGUGAUUCCCCAUGCUCAGUGCUUUCUCUAGACUAGACUAGUCACUGUCUAAUAUCAACCCUGCAGUGCCACAGAAUCCCUGCUUGCUGCAUAGCGGGUGACCUUCCCCAAAUAGCUCUGUAGAUGAUGGCUUUGAUGACACUGAGGGCUUUGUCACCCCAAAUGACAUGGACUCCAUGAAUUCUGAGGUGCUCUGGGGGCGCAGGAUCAGCCUCUGUUGCGUAAAGACCCAGCAUCCCCAGACUUGGGUGUUUCUUUACCCAGUUGUCUGAUUUGCUUUAGGCAUGUUUCUGUGCUGCUGCCCCUGGAAACUUACGGGAGGAUCUUAACUUCCCUGCUCCUUCAGAGACAUUUCACUAAGCCUAUAGAUUCUGACUAGAAUCGGCAUUGAUACUGGGAAAAAAGAGGGUUCCCUGUGUGUGUCAAGGGUGGGCAGAGAUUUUAAAGGAGCUGAGAGGAGUAAAGGGUGAGUGGACGUGAGGGCUCCCUGCCAUGGAGAAGCCUCUGUCCCCAGGAAGGGUCAGCCCAUGGGAACGGCGUGAGCCAGGGGUCUGGCCCCAUUGACUCACCAGUGAUGCCAAAGAGAAAGGAAGCGAAUGUGGGAGAAGGUGACCUUGAAAAGAAGGGGACCUGGUCCCUCCCAGCCGAGUGUCCUGGACAGUCCCAGGUGGGGACCCACGAUCCACUUGCACAGCCCUGUGGGCUGAUCCCUGGAUCUUCCAGGAUCAACUACCCAGAGUGCAGGCGAAGGUGCCUCUAUUUCCUUAUUUAUUUGCAAAAGGGUGAAAUUCAUAGGAAUCAAAGGCUGUGUGGUGAGAGUUCCCACUGGAAUCUUUGGUAGAGUUCGUGAGUCACAUGCCUUCAAAGUUAUGGACAAAGUCUCAGCAGGGGAAUCCCAGGGGCUACCUGAAGGGAUGCUGUUUGUGUAUCCGCAGAUCAAAGGAGAUUUUAUUUAAAGAUGUAUCAAGUCUGCACUCAGCUAGUCAUUUUGUGUAAACACGUCCUUAAUGCACAUUGGAGGUGCAGCCUCCUUAGUGUCUGAAUUUACAAAUAUCCCAGUGCCCCUUUUUGAGAUUUCCGUCACUUUUAGAAUCAAUCAUGUCCAUUACCCCAACACUGUCAAACCACUUUCAGCAUUGACUUAGCGCUGCGGGCAUCAACUUUCCUUAGCCCCAGGGUGUCUUUUAUAUUUCAGUGGAGUUUUCUUAUGUGUGGCAUUUUGGGGUAACUAUAUUUAAUUCUGUCUUUCUGUUUCAAAAAGUGACUCUGGAACAUCUAUCCAGAGGCAACAGGUAGGGUAGCAGUAGUGGAUGCCAAGCACUGAGUCUGACUCCAAGCCGCUGCUCUCCAUGUGGCAGGGCUGUGCUUAAAUCCCACAGCUCCAAUAGUCCUCGUUCAUGAAGGCAGGGAAUUAAAACACUAACCUUAAAUCUACUCAUAUGCAAACUCUCUGCUCUUAUUUUUUAAGAUGAUGCAAAUUGGAGUACACAGAUCUCAUUGGCCAUGCCCAGCACAUUUAUUCCUUCUACUGUUUCUAUCAUUUCAUGGUAAUUUAUGUUGGCUUGGUGAUUCAUGUUGACAUGACAUUACCAAAAUUGAUUACCUCUGAUUACCUAUCCUUAACUAUUAUCAGACACUAUAAAGCCAUUCUGAUCAAUGGGUGUGAAGUGGGAGAACAUUCAUUUUGGCCUGAGAAAUGUACAAAAGGGAAUGCCAAAUAUUUCAAGUGUAUUACCAUGUAAGAUAAAAUAUUUGGAGACCAGUGGCCAUUGUGGAAUUUAUUUCUGCUGUUCUCUCCUAUUGAAGUCAUUAAUAUUAGUUGAUUUAAAGAUGUUUUGUGACUCUAUAAAUACAGAACCAAUGCAUUCUGGUUAUCCAUUUUGAUAACCUGAUAAAACACAAGAAAAUAUAUUGCUUUCAUCCUUGCUUAUUUUCUCUUUUGGAAAUUGAAAAGUAACAAACAAGACGUAAAGUUGGACUAUUGGCAGGGAUUUUUAAAAUGACUAUUCCAUACUCUUUUUUAUGGUUUUAUGUUAAAGAUGUGUUAUAGAUAUUUUUGUAGCAGAUGGAUCAAAGUGGGAUUUUUUUUUAAUGAUCAUAAGUUACAUCAUCAAAAAUUUGGUACAUGUUUCAGAAGCAUUAGGAAUGGCGACCUGUUCUCUUUUGAAAUGUAAGUUCACAUUGCAAAGGGUCUAAGAGCAUCAUCAAAACUAAAAUCAGGGCUUCCCUGGUGGCACAGUGGUUGAGAAUCUGCCUGCCAAUGCAGGGGACACGGGUUCGAGCCCUGGUCUGGGAAGAUCCCACAUGCCGCGGUGCAACUGGGCCCGUGAGCCACAACUGCUGAGCCUGCGCGUCUGGAGCCUGUGCUCCGCAACAACAGAGGCCGCGACAGUGAGAGGCCCGCGCACCGCGAUGAAGAGUGGCCCCCGCUCGCCGCAACUAGAGAAAGCCCUCGCACAGAAACGAAGACCCAACACAACAAAAAUAAAUAAAUAAAUAAAUUUAUAAAAACAAAACAAAACAAAAUCAGAGCCUGACAUGAGUGUACUGUUCCUAGUGAAAGCUGUCUCAUAUAGUAUUUUCUAAAGACCAUAUUAGUUCUGCCAUAGAAAAGAAAAAAAACCCAAAAAACUAUCAAGCUUAUUACCCAUGAUUCAGUACCAAUUCUCAUUCAGGCAAACAUGUUUUACUUUGUUGCCAUGAUGACAGUAACUAGUGAAAGAUACUUUAAGAAGACCAGAAGGGAGAAAAAUUGAGAUAGAAAACCACUCUAUGGUAUUUCUUAAACUAACAUGUUGGAUGGGCAAUAAAAUUCAUUCCACCUCUUCCAUAUCAGUCAGAAAUCUGAGGCCAGCAGUUCAAACACAAUCCUGUUCUUUCUCAUAUUUUUGGCAACUUAAUGCCAAAAAUGGCCCAAAUAUUAGAGUUCAAAAUGAUCCCAGUUUUAGAUAAACACAAGCUGGGAGAGCAAAAUCUGGAUUCCAGAAAAUCCAAACUAUCCUCCUAACAUGUCACUAAGAAAGAGCCUGAUGAGUAAGUGCAGAUGGUUUAAUUUCCUAUUACAAGUUGCCAGUGCCUUGUUUAAGAUAAUGAUUUGUCAUUUCAUCUGGAUAUUAUUGGUUGAAAGCAGAGGACUGAUUGGCUAUACUUUGAAGAAAAUCAUUCUUAUAUGCCUCUCUGAACUCAGGAAUAGAAAAUGAAGAAGAAGCACAUCAUUGUCAGAUGUGAUUUCCACCCGCACUGGGGCUAUGAUGCCAGAAUGGGUGCCACGGUGUGUUCAGAAUUUAGGUGAACCCAGCCUUCCAGAAACUGACAUCACUUUAAUUUUACAUUUUCCAAAAAACACCUUAACGUUUGUUCUGUAGUAGGAAUGUCAAUGGGAUGCCUAUAGAAGUUAGAGGGUUUUGUUACUGUCUGUCUUCAGGCAAGUCUGUAGAUACAGGAAAAUCAGACAUAGGCUGGUGAUGACUGGCACAGAUAUGGUGAGUGGAAUGAGAACCACCUAGAAUAUCGCCUGCUGUUUGUUUGUUUGAAGUCAAUGUCAAAACUGCUUCGUAAGUUCACAAAGUUUUCAUUCUUAAUUUGGGUUAAGAAAGUUAACAGUGUUUUCUCUGCUAAAUUUGAUUCCUUUUCCCCUGUAUCAUGACUGUUGGCCAAAAUCAAACUUGAACUUCUGCACUUUGGAAGAAAGCACCCUAUGAACCUUCAACACAAGCACCUACAUCCACCACCAAAAUUCUACACUGUCUGCAAGGGAAGUGCACAAACUUGGUCCAAUGUAGGAUUCUUCAAAAGUGUGUUAACUGAAUUUGUGUGUUAUGCCACUUGAUGGGACUUCUGAAGAUGUUAUGAAAUGUUAAAUGCCUCAUUCUGUGUUAAUUUGCUGUUGCUGUUCUGUGAUACAAAAUAAACGUAUUUGGGAUUGUUU